CGGCGCAACCGCUGCAGCGGCAGCAGCCAGCAGUAGCGAGUCCUACUACUAGCAGCAGACCGCCGCGGCGUCGCCCGGGCAUGCUCUCGCAUCCACCGCCCUCGCACCGCGCACGCUCGAAUCCGGUGGGGGCCGCUGCAACGGCUAGUUGCGGCGGCGGCGGCGGCCGGGCCGAUCGAUGGACCCGUACGGCGCCGGCGCCGGAGGGAGCGGCGGCGCCCAUGGCUCUCAAAUCAGUCUCUGGGAUUGGCAAGCAGGAGAGCAUUGCGAAGCGGACGAUGCGAGUAAUGCGGAUGCUGCUAAGUUCGUGUGGGAUUGCCUCAAUCAAGAUGACGAUGAGCUACUGGGAUUGCUUGGGAAUCAAACUCCGCUGAGGGACUGUCGUGACUUCUUCGCUGAUAUGCCAGAUAUCUCCUGCAAGGAGACCCUGGACCCAGAGGAGUCUCGGGAAGCAAAGCGAAGACGUACAUUGGAGUACCCUCCGGAAUCUAGUCAGUCGGAAGUUGGAACUCAUGAAAACGCAUCUCCUUUUGACGCAUCUGAGGUACCAGAGGUUUCGUUGCUUUGUACCGACGAACCACAGAGCUUAAAUUGUGAUACACAGUACAGUUCAAAUAAUAUAGAUACAAUAAACUUGUCAAAUCAAGCAUCCUACUGGCAAGAAGAUAACCAUUUGGAACAUUGCUCUUAUGGAACUCCAGUGUAUGGCGAGCCUGAUCAAAUGCCUUGUACCCAGGAGAGCAUUGCAUAUGUCGAUGAUCAAGCUGGUAUUUCAGGAUCAAGUGAGAUUGCACCAGUGACAGAAAGUUUCAUAAUGCAGGAAACUAGGAAGCUUUCUGCACUCAAAGUCUCUAAAGGAGGAAGCUCAUCGCUAGUCAAGGCGAAGCAAAACAUAACUACAACCGUAGCAUACCCUUUUAAUCUCAUCAAACCAUCUUGGAAGGAAGGUGAUGUUACUCUGCAGGACAUUAAUCAGAGACUCCGUGCUCCUCCAAAGAAACCUCCUGAAAUCCUGGGAACUUCAUCUUUCUCUGGCAAGCCAGUGAUUGGCAAGACAAGAAUCAAGACAGAUGGGGGGAAAGGCAGCAUCACAAUACUAAGAACAAAGGGCUGAGAUUGAGAUCCCUGAGAAUGACUUUGAUCCUUAUUUAUCUGCCACUCUCUCCAUUUUAUCAGAACAGAAGGGGGGGGGGGGGGGGGGGGCCAGCUCCUUGGUGGUCAAUUGUGCAGGCCUGGCUGCCAUUGACCCAGAUAGAUCACAGUACAAGGGACAGAGGGCUGAGAACAUGAGACUGCCGUUGAUCCUUAUCUAUCUGCCAUUCUCUGGAUUGCUCCCGGCGCUUUGGUCAAUUGCGCAGGCCUCUGUAGCCUCCCGUUUAUUACAAUUUUCCGUUUCAAUUUUGCGCCGUGGCUUUGGUGUUCUGAAGCGCACUGUAGAUGUGAAACUCUUUGUUCAAAGAUCCAUCAUUCUUCCGGUGUAUUUAUGGCAUGUGGCUAAUGAUAUAUAGGAAAAAAAAUUGAAGUUUAAGUUUA